GCAGCCUCUCACACAGGCACACAAGUUUUUUUUUCUUCUUCAUUUUUUUUAUUGCUCAUAUUCACAGAGGUUUGGACAGAGCGAGAGUAGAGGGGGGAUACUGCGCGCAGACACUCACCACUCUCCGCUCGGUGACGACACAGCACACAGAGCAACGACCAUCAGGCCACCGGGUUUUCCAUUUAGUCUCGACAGCAUCAUAAAAAACGGGGCAGAUCUGGACACCUCUUCGGUUUGGGCGUUAAUUUUGCACCGUUAUUAUUAUUGUUAUCAUUUAUUUUUGGAGGAGGAGGAGAAGGAGGGGAGGGCAGAGAAGACGCGAAGCUGCGCAGUGAAUCAGAUGGUUCCACUUUCUCCGGUUUGACUUUGUCUGCUGUUCAAGACUGGUGGAGGUAUCCCAGAGGAGAAGGAGGGAGAGCGAGUUAUUUAAGGAUUCUAUUUCUGCUGUAAAUCGCAGUUCAGGAACUAUAUUUUAAGGAGGAAUCGACUUCCACUUGGAGGCAAAUAAAGCCUAAACAGAGAGGCAUUCAAGGGGAGAGGGAAAAAAAUAGAGACUGUCAGCUCAGACAUGGAGGUCGCAGCGGCAGAUCAGUCUCGGUGGAUGGCGCACCAUCAUGCUGUGCUGAACGGUCAGCACCCGGACUCUCACCACCACAGCCUGAGUCACAACUACAUGGAGCCCAUGGCGCCUUUACUGCCACAGGACGAGGUUGAUAUGUUUCUGAACCACUUGGACUCUCAAGGGAACCCCUACUACACCAACUCCCGAGCAAGGGUCACCUACAGCCAAGCACACGCUCGCCUCACUGGGAACCAGGUCUGCCGGCCACACCUCAUCCACAGCCCCGGUAUUCCCUGGCUGGACCCCGGGAAAGCAGCUCUGUCUGCUGCACACCACCACAACGCAUGGGCGGUCAGCCACUUCAGCAAACCCGGCCUUCACCCCGCCGGCUCCGGCUACCCCUGCAGUAGCAGCACCGGCACCGCUCCGGUGUCUUCGCUCACUCCAGCGUCGCAUUCCAGCCCGCACCUGUACAGUUUCCCCCCUACCCCUCCCAAAGACGUGUCCCCGGACCCCGGCCCUACCUCUCCGACCUCCACCUCAACCAGGAUGGACGAGAAGGAGUCGAUAAAGUACCAAGUGCAGCUGACGGACGGCAUGAAAAUGGAGAGCUGUAGUCCGCUCCGCAGCGGCCUGGCCUCGAUGAACAGCCAGGCCCCAGCCACGCAUCACCCUAUCCCAACCUACCCGGCCUACUCUCUCCCUACACCCCACGAAUACGGCGGUAGUCUCUUCCAUCCCGGCAGCCUGCUCGGCGGGUCCUCGUCCAGCUUUACGCCCAAAUGCAAAAGCAAAGCCAGAUCGAGCUCAGAGGGCCGUGAAUGUGUAAACUGUGGUGCCACGUCCACCCCGCUGUGGCGGCGGGACGGUACCGGCCACUACCUGUGCAACGCCUGCGGACUGUACCACAAGAUGAACGGCCAGAACCGACCACUUAUCAAGCCCAAACGGAGACUGUCCGCUGCUAGACGUGCAGGCACCUGCUGUGCAAACUGCCAGACCACCACCACCACCCUUUGGAGGCGCAACGGGAACGGAGAUCCGGUGUGCAACGCCUGCGGCCUUUACUUUAAACUGCACAAUGUCAACAGACCUCUGACCAUGAAGAAAGAAGGCAUCCAGACACGCAACCGCAAGAUGUCCAGCAAGUCCAAGAGGAACAAACGAUCAGGGGACGGCUUUGACGAGCUCUCCAAAUGCAUGCAGGACAAGGCCUCUCCCUUUGGUGGUGCGCCCGGCCUCGCCAGUCAUAUGACCCACAUGGGUCACCUGCCCCCCUUCAGCCACUCGGGACACAUGCUGCCAACGCCCACGCCCAUUCACCCUUCAUUCGGUCACCCCCACCACUCCAAUCGCUCGCCGGUCUGGGCUGAGCCUCACUGAGGCCUUUUCAGACCCAGAGCCCCCUUCGCCUGUAGGAGUCAUCACAUCGCCAUAAACACUAAAUGGCCUCCCGAGUCACGUCGACAGCUGAGCAGCCUUGUUUCGUGUACAGUGGUUGUAGGGAAAAGACUUUCAGUCGGACUUGAUGACUUAAGGCUGCGUCAUGCCUGACUUCACUGAUGAGCCGCUGCGGAGAGCGAGACUUAAGUGGACUCUGUGAAGAGCUAAUGUGAGGAGGGGUUCGUUAGUCCUUGGGUGACAGGGGCUAGCAGGAUUGGAGAUGUUUGUCAUUCUUUUUUUGCUUAUUUUUUACUAAGUCACUUUGGUACCCACCUCUCCUUGAUCCUGCAACAGGAAACUCAUGAGAGGGCUUAAAAAGAACCGCUGUUUUCACCUCACGACCAUCUCAUUAUAUACUGAGACACACGCGCCCUGUCCAUCCCCAGGCUGUCGUUCACGACUGCUCCUCAGUGCUGGAAGUCUUCAGACUGGCUAAACAGACUGCCGCAGAAGUCAUGUGCCCCAACCAACAGUACACCCCAAAACCAGUGCCCCUCUAACAUGCUGGAUUGUACACACCACCUGUUUUUGAUAACAGAGUUUUAUGAAAACAAAGCAAACAAACAAACAAAAAAACGCAGUAAAUAGAGUGUUUAUAAAUGCUUAAUUGCUAUUAUUGUUGUUAUAUUGUUAUAAUUAUUGCUACGAUAAUUUAUUUUCACUCUUUAAGCUUUCGUCCAACACACGGAAAACGUCUGAUUUUAAUUUUGUGGUUAUUAUGUAAAGAAAACACUGACCUGUCUUAGAUGAAAAAGUCCCUGAGCUGUACGUUUUUAUCAUUUUUCCAUCUCACACAGAAAAGGAAAUAAAGUUUAAUACUGAGGUAAGAUCUGUCUCUAUCCUUAUACGCUGCACACAUUCCAACUGACAAAGAGAAGAAAAAUACAGCGUGACCACUCCUUGCCUUUAAAAAACAACAACUUCUAUACCUGAGCCCAGUUUGUUUUUAAACUACUCCUGCUAUGUUGGUGGAUUU